CCAAUCUCCUCUCUAGAAAAUGCCCACCAUCACUAUGCCCGGCGCUCUUCUAGCGCUCAGCUCCCCUUCUCAUGCUGAAGAAGCUGAUUCCUCAGUGGACGCUAUUGUGCAUCCUGGGGCUGGCCACGUUCCUUGGUGUUGGCCCGUAUGGCAACAGCGCACUACACUUAGUUCAACUCCCUUAUCGGCCACUGUCAAUGAAGACACUCCCAGCGCUUGGAAAUCCCUUGAGGUCAACCAGGCCGUCUUGACAUUUGCUCGCAAUUUCUGGGCUGUUGAUGAUGCCGCCCAAGUGGAUUACAUCAAAAAAGAUCGAUCUGAUAAUGACAACAAAGGUCGACAACAUUGGCUGGACUAUUGCCAUGCCAAUUGGUCAAACUGGAAAAUCAACCAUACUGUUGACGCCGUGCUGGCAGAACGUGGCCUCGAUGCCUAUUCAGUUAUGAAGCGUCUCAAGGUUGCCAAUCUGCCAGAUCUUGCCACUUCACAGGUUGCGCUUGCCUACUCUGGCAUUGCAGAGGCGCUUUUUGGCCCAGAAUCUUUGACAGAGGAUGGCAUAGCACUUAAGGAGCCGGUCCGUCGCUUCCUGGAUGCCCUUAUGACCCAUUGUUGGGCAAAGAAUAGGAAGUCCAUUGGACGUGAAAGGGAGAGGCUCGGAAAGUUAAAGAGCAAGAUAGACCAGACGUGGAAAGAAUUCUCAUCCAUGGCUGAGCAUGGCCAACGUCUGGACGCUGAAGGCAUUAGAACCUGGCUGAAGGAUGUGGAUGGACUUACCAAAAUUCUCACUCGAUAUGGCGAUCAGGAGUCACUGAAGCAGCUUUCAGAACAGCAAGAAACCCUUAGCGACCUUCUUCAAGGCUUAGGGAUAGAAGUGAAGGGCGGAAGCAAGUACCGUCUACCUAAGCCCCUACGUCAAGCGCUUUCAUUUCUGGCCACUCAGCAGGAUAUAACACUACUCACUGCGUCCAUCCAUGACCAGUUGAAACUUUGCGAUCCAAAUGCGAUGCCAGAUGAACCCAUACCCGAAUUUGACCCUGACGCCCCUACUGAUUGCGACUUUCAGUGGUCUGAAGGGGUAGAAGAAUACAAUAAUUUGUCCGAGGAUGACAUUUGGUCUAUCCUGGGACUUCCAGAAAAACGAAUACCGUUCUUCAACCUUUUGCAAGACCCGUAUGGCAAUUGUGAUCCUUGGACAGAGGACGGUCAAACUUGGUUAAAAGAAAAUGGGGAACCCCUUUCUCUCCGCUGGCACCAGCUUGUGGGUCUUGUUAAGAUGGUCAAGAACACAUUUGGCGGAAAGCCCGUCCUGCUCAUGGACGAAGUGGGCUUAGGUAAAACCAUCCAAGUCACCGCCUUAAUUGCCGUACUUUCGUUCUAUCGUGAAUUUUAUACUAUGCACCACCGCUUUCCAGGUAAAAUAGCUGCAGAUCAGUGGAGGAGUGACUCUCCCAACAUUCCGAAUCUUCCAGUGAUGCUGGUUAUCCCAGCCAAUCUGGUGAUGCAGUUUACUUCGGAAUUGCACCGAUUUCUUCAACGGGGUACUUUUGAUGUUCUACCAUAUCUGGCUACUUGGAGCAGUCGACGAACCUGGUGGGAAGACAUAUGGAGCCAGUCAAAGCAACCAGAAGGGCGGCGGAUAAUCAUCACUGCUCCCAAGGCUUUAGAAUCCGACUGUGAUCGCAUUUUUGAAACUAAUAACCGUACGCCAACGAAACAUCCACGACGGAAGACUAAUUAUACUACGGAUGUGUCCAGCACGGCUUAUGGGCGAGAUUUCUUGUUGGGCAUAGUGGAUGAGGCGCACAACUAUAGAAAUAUCAAAAAGGGUUACUGGGCGAUAUUUUGCCUUCGCUUUCUAUGUCAUGCUAUGGUGGCUAUGACGGCCACACCCAUCACCUCUCGACCUCUGGACAUUUGGAACAUCGGAAGAUGUCUGGGUCUGGAGCUAUUUGGUGGCUCUUAUGACGACGAAGCCAAAAAAAUGGUCUGUCAACUGCGGGCUGCAUCAGCCAAGGAUCGGAAGCGCUUUAAACAAGGCGACCGCACGGCUAAAAUAAUCAUGGGAACAGUAAAGGGUGAUGCUGAUCUUGACGUUCCCAGUCUAUACCGUAAUCAGAUGCUGACUUGGAUCAGCGUCAUCCGAGAGAGAUUUACUGGCAUCGUCAUACGGCGCACGGUCCGUUCAGUUGACAAUCAUGGUGACAGAAUCUCAGGUUUGGCUCCAUUCCUGGAGCACAAUCUCCUUGUCAAGCUAUACCCCCAUGAGGUGGUUAAUCUUGAGCGCAUUGCCCAGGAAAUAGUUGAGCAAGGCGGCGCUAGCGCAGCAAAGUAUGCUUCUGGCUCCGACUUUUAUACGGGCGUCCGCAGGGCGUUAUUGCAUGCUAGCUGCAAUGCAGGAUAUCCAUGGGCGAAUCCCUCCACUUUGGAGGAGUGGAAGAAAGACCCAUCUCGCAAGCUCGACAUUCUUGCCCAAGUACUUUGUUGGCAUCUGGAGUAUGAUGGACGUCUACCUCUAUGCGUUCUGAAUGAUGCGCUAGUGGUAUCAUCAGCUGAUCCUGAGGCUGCUGCUGGCGUUACUGAUUCUAUGCCCUGCGAUAAAAUGCUCGUAUACUGCGCAUUCCCAUCUAGCUAUACGCAGGUGCUCAAGGUUCUGGAGCUUAACCACAUCUCGACUUUACAGAUCCAUGGCAAAUUGUCAGCGUCUGCAAGAACUGAUAUCAUUGCACAAUUCAAAAGUAGCAGACGUGAUGGUCCUCGCGUUUUAAUCAUCUCCAAUGUUGGACUGACCGGUCUCAAUUUACCUUGCGCCAACAUAUUGAUAAUUGUGGACUCCCUCUGGUCUGCCACUGAUGAAGGCCAACUGAUUGGACGUAUUUAUCGUCCUCCCCAGCCCAAAACUGUCCACGUUUAUCGAAUUGUGGCUGCUGACACUCAGGAUGUCUUUCUGAAUAACAUAUCCUUCAGUAAAGCAGCUAUCCUUGAUGCCUUCACAGGUGCAACGCCCAGUUUACGCUCUUUGUUCCGUCAUGAUGAUGAGGCAGAUGAAAUGAAUGCACUUUCUGAUACCGAUGAUGCGCCUUCAAAGAAGGGGAAAACCAAGUCAAAGACGUCCAAAGCUGGCUCCUCAAAAAAGAAACCAAGCAAAGCUCGAGGUAAGGGAGUAAAGCCACCUUCAGGAAGGUUAUCAGGGAAACCAGCGGUUCAACCGCUCGAUCAAGACUCUGCCAUCAAGAAACCUGGAGAGAAGUCUCUACUAGCCCCUCCUACUAGCCCCGUGAUUGGCCCCUCGCCAUCAGGCUCUUCAGGGCUCCAAGUCAAGAAUCACUUGGGCCCAGCAGCGUCUCCAAGACAGAAGUCUCCACCUGCCCCCACUAAGAUAGUGGAUCCGGCCGAAAGGGGAGAUAUUACGCAGUCAGAAGUCCAGACCGUAAUCUCCAACCGUAGUGCAGAAGACUUUCAGCAAGCUAACCCUACCCAAGUCAAGGGAUCCCAGGGAGGCCAAGAUAUUACGCAGUCAGAAGUCCAGGCUGUAAUCUCCAACCGUAGCGCAGAAGACUUUCAGCAAGCUAACCCUACCCAAGUCAAGGGAUCCCAGGGAGGCCAAGACUCCCAGAUAAUUCUGCCUCUUAAGCGCACUGCAGAUUCCAGUCUGGAGAAUCAAGUAUCAAAAGCACCCAAAUUGACGUCUGGAGAUAAUCAUGAGGUUUCCACCUUUCUUGCAGAUAUGCAGCAGCACGGCAUAGGAGUUGAUCGAUUAUACGCUUUCCUUAAAUCUCUACCAAAUGAUUCGUCCUCCCAGAACCCAGGCCAUCCAUUAGCAUCUUUUCUUCCAGGGUCAAGCGUGGCCACUGAACUUUCAACACCUGCUCCCUUAAACCCUACUAGUAGCAGAAGGUAGGGGACUGGGUUGCCCAUCUGUUUUUUUUUGAGUUUUGUCGAGUCUCGCAUCAUUCAAGUUUAUGUGUCUAUUCAAGUGGUAAUACAUCCAUGAGCACGUACAACUUCUCCCAUCAUUUAGGCAUCUUAUUUUUAGAUCAUAAUAUGGCAUGCGCCCUACGCAUUCUUGGCAUAAGGCUACAUAAUGUAUACUGGCAUGGGCU